AAGUUGACAAGUAUUUUUGAUGUACAAAUUAUAAGGAGAAAGGGCAAAACACAGAGUCUCAAGAAAUAGCUUCAGAUUUAGGCUAAAAUGGCAACCCAGAAAGGGAAGAAGACGGUGCUAAAAUUCGACUCCGAAGAAGAUGUAUCAAAGGCACUUGCUAAAUACACUGCUGAGCUAUCGGAAAAAUUCAUCAAACAAAAAGGUUCUUUCACUGUUGUGCUCUCUGGUGGUUCUCUUAUCGAUACCAUGAGGAAAUUGGUAGAGCCGCCGUACAAAGACUCAAUUGAUUGGUCGAAAUGGUGGAUUUUUUGGGUAGACGAAAGAGUGGUUCCUCUAGGUCACGAUGAUAGCAAUUAUAAACUUGCUUCGGAUGGGUUUCUUUCUAAGGUUCCGAUCCCCUCUUCUAACAUUUAUGCGAUUAAUGACAAGGAGUCACCUGAGGGUGCAGCUGCUGAUUACGAAGCUCGUCUGAAACAAUUGAUUGAGAGCAAAGUUCUUCCGUUAUCAGCAAUUACUGGAUUCCCCAAAUUUGAUCUUAUGCUAUUAGGUAUGGGGCCAGAUGGACAUGUAGCGUCUUUGUUUCCUUUGCAUCCUCACCGCCACGAGAAGGAGCGGCUGGUCACCUUCAUUACAGACUCACCAAAACCUCCUCCACCAAGGAUUACUUUCACCUUUCCGGUAAUUAAUUCGGCUUCAGAGAUAGCAAUGGUGGUCACAGGAGCAGAGUUAGCUCAUAUGGUUGAUGUCGCUUUGGGUAAUGCGCCUCCUCCUGAUGGAAUUCCUCCCCCUUGUACUGAGGUUUCAGCUGAAGAGGAACUGACCUGGUUUUUAGACAAGGAUGCUGCAUCAGAACUACAGACCUCUAGAUGAUUAUGUUAUCCUUGUGAUAUACUUAAUAAGUGUAAUCCAAAUAGGACAUGAGCAUAAAGUUUGGUGCCCCUUGAAUGUGUUGCCUUGUAAUGGUUAACCAUUCUUGCUUGGUAGUUGAUACUUAUUCUACCUUUAACUUUAUCCUCUAGAAGGUAAAAGUUAGGUACGAUAUGAAGAAUGCAUAUUCUAUAAGGUUUGGUAACGUCGCUUUGCGAACUGAGAUCCAUGAUCAGAAUAUAAUACAUUGGUAUUCAGUAUUGUAUCAGGGAGGUCUUUGUUUCUCUUAAAAGUAUAGCCAUCAAAGUAUUGGCGAGACGUGAUUAAACAGGACAUGGUCUUAGAUAUGAGAAGUUAUGGAGGACAUAGAUUAGUGUAGGAUGAUAGUAGGUAGUUAAGCAUUGGCUGGUAGUUUGUUGUCCUUCAAUCCAUGGGUGCUACUUUCGACUGUCUCUUCUACUUCGAUUAUUGCACUAUUUCAUUGUAGUUUUUUUUCUUUGA